AAUGAGCGGUUGUAUGGAAUUGAUUACACUUUGCUAUAUUAUGGAUACCUUGUCUAAAUACGAAUUUUGUAUCUCAGAAUAGGUUUGUUCAUUCUAGCCCGCGGGGGUUUCCAUGAUGAAAAUGGUGUCUUAGCUUAUUGAUCAGCGAAGGGAGAAACAUAAUUCAACUCCCAAUUGUAGCUCUAAAGUAGCAUCAAUGUCAAUAUGACUGUUUGAGAAUUAAAUACUUAUUAUCUAAUAAUAUUAUAAAACGAUGACUGGGAAUUUUGAAAGUCAUAAAUCAAAUUCUAAUGAACAGAUGAAAUAUUGAGUUGAGCAUAGUUGACUUCAACUACCACUUCAAAAUGCUCUCGCUUACAAAUCAUCCUACCCGACCUUGAUAAAUUUUUCCCACAUAAAAAAAUUGUAAAGGGCAUCAAUACAACAACAAUACAUACAUCAUGUCUUUCGCCUCAGAUUUAUCUACUGGUGGUAAAGGUGGUACCUUGGAUGCUAUAUUAUUCAAUUUAGAGCAAUUAAAACAGCUUGAAGCUGUGUCAGAGAUUAUCACAAAUUAUCUUGAUGGCGACUACAAAGCCGUUCUCCGCACGCCCACAGCGCAAAUCCUGAUUCAAAUUUUAGCAGAGAAUGUUCAUCUUUCCAAAGAGGAACAAACUCUCGCUCUCAAAGAUGCAAACCUUCAAAAUCGAGAAGUUAUUCUUUAUACUUUCAUCACGGGAUUGGCAGCUUUUAAUGCAUUUCUUCAAACCAAUGUUACCGGGCCAUCAGUUGAUUUCGGGGACGUUUUUCGGAGCUCGGAAUGGAAUGCUAGUGAGCUGAGGGAGAAAUGUUUGAGGAGUUUGGAUGUAGAUGGUGUGAGCGUUUAUCAACAUAUUCCCAAGGUGGAAUUAUUUUGCCUGGCGAGAUAUAUCUUCACGACUGUUUUUCCCAGACGUUCUUGGGUGAAGACUUGGGAUUGUAAGUGGAUGAGAAUUAGGAUUAAUGCUUAUCAUCAAAGACUUCUGAGUGGAUAUUCGAUGAAUGGGAGGAUGAGUGAUUCGACGGUCUUGCAAGAUCUGAUUGAGCAGGAUUUGAAGGAUUUAGAGGCAGAGAUCUUUGCAGAGGAGAGUGCAUUUGGUACGGAUGCGAAGGUUAUGUUUUUGUUGGAGAAGGCGCAGAUUUAUAUCAUGGAGGGCUUGGAUUUGAAGGCGAAAGAGAAUGUGAAGAAAGCUAGUGAAGUUUCGGGAUUUGAGUAUGCUCUUUCUGGAGCUUUGGGAAAGAGAACGAAGUUUCAACAGAAUGAUAUUUCGCAGUUAGUGGUUUUUGCGAAGAGUAGGGAAGAUGCCGCCAGUGCUGAUAUUGGGGAUUCAUCUGAGAAGUCGAAGGAAAGUUCUCACCCAUCGGAUGAAGCUGAGGAGCAAAGCACAACUGGUCCCCAAGCAUUGGAGUUGAAUGAUGAUACAUUAUUGGAAUCUAUCGAGUUUGCCAAAACUCCAUCUGACAAAGUGGAUAACUCCAAUUUACCGGCAGCUUUAGCUGGUAUGAAACCGGAUGAGCAACCACAACUUCAUCCUCUGGACCAGAUUACCCUAUUAACGGAAGCUACUCUUAAAGAUACUCUAUCUCCUCUUGACAAGCUAAACAGCGAAGAAAUCUUACCAUACGCUGUUCGUGUCCUAUCAGACAAGCCUACAAAUUGGCAAAUCUACACACAGGCUCUCUUGGUUCGAAGUAGAAUUGAAGCUCAUAGAUCUAGAACUCAAGAAAGAUCUGUUUUACAACUCCAAGUCAUCGUGGAUCAAAUUAUCGCCGAUACACAAGAAUCCACGCCGUCAGCAGACGCCAAUGGAGUACCUCAAAUACAAGUCACUUCAUUCCUUCCUCGAGCGAAAGCUGGUGAAUCUGCUCCUAUUACCGAGAGAUUAAGAUACGUUAACCAACUCAACACUCCUACAAGAUGGGAAAUCGAAACCGAGCUCGCAUUUGCAUGGUCCAAUGCCGGAUCUCUCGUCAGCGCCCUCGAAAUCUUCAAGAGAUUAAAGAUGUGGGCCGAAGUAGCCUUAUGUUAUCAUUCUGUGGCCCAAGAAGACAAAGCCCGACAAGUCGUUCGAAGACAGCUCUACUACUCUUCUAAAGGCCCGGAAAUGGAUAAAUACGAUAUUGAUGCCGAAGCCGUGGUUAAAGAAGAAUGGAACGGUGAAAUGCGCUCUCCACCUCCACCUCACGCACCCCGCCUGUGGUGUAUACUAGGAGAUCUUGACCAGGAUCCAACCUGCUGGGAACGAGCCUGGGAAAUCUCCAAACACCGCUACGCCCGCUCUCAACGUACACUAGGUGAUUACUACACACGAAAAAACGAUCUCACUGCAGCUCGCGAAGCAUAUCUUGCUUCUGUAGUCGUAAAUCGUCAAAACAACGACACUUGGUCUCGUCUCGGCGAUAUCGAUCUCAAGACUGGUAAUUGGGACGGCGCCAUUAUUGCAUUUCAACAAAGUAUCAUGAUCGACGAUACCGAUGCCAAAACAUACAGUAACCUGGGAUCGGCCCUCUUAUCCAAACACGACGAACUUAUCUCCUUACAGAAAAUUGCGAAGAAGGAGGAAGCAUUUACCGAUAUCGCGGAUGACGAGGAAAUCGAUUUCGCAACGUUAGAUAAAAGUGAUAAAUCCAAUGAUCCCAAGGAAAUCCUCAGACAAGCAUUAAUGGCCUAUAAACGCGGCGCUGCAACCGCACACGAUAAUUGGAAAAUCUGGGAUAACGUCAUCACGAUCGCCACGAGAAUGGCUCCCCCCGCCUUCCCAGAAAUCCUCAUGGGUCUCCGAAAUAUUCUACGUAUUCGCGCGCCGAAUGUGGGUGAAUCUGCAAUUGAUAUCGAUAUCCUGGGAUCUCUGGUCACCGAAACCGUUAGCAGAGAUAAAACCAACGAAGUAGGCCAAUCCGAUGACUCCGGAAUCUGGAUCCCAAAACGCGGAACCCUAGCUCGUGCCGUGAUUGAAAUGAUGGAGCGGGAUAUCGUCCCCCUCAUCACAAAAAGAGUAGAACUCUACGAAUUGGUAGAGAAAUUGAAACUCUGGCAAAGGGAUUACAAGGGUGCGUUGGAGGCGGCGGAAAAAGGUUGGAGGGGGACUAUGAAUGGGGAGGGAUGGCUGGAGGAGGAAGAGGCGUGGAUGAGUGUUGUAGGGGCGACGGAGAGAUUGGUGGGUGCGUAUGAGAAUUUUGGGGAGGAGGGUCGUUGGAAGGGGAAGGCGAGGAGUGCGAUUAGGGGGGUUAUGGGGAAAGGAAGGGAUGUCUGGGAGGGAACGAAGGGAUGGGUGGUUUUGGAGGGGUUGUUGGAGGAGUUGAAUGGUUAGUGCUACUAGGCUUUAAAAGUUGGAGGGUUUUUGGUAUAUGGUAUGUGGUGGGAUAUGUAUGAAUGAUAGAGGUUUGGCUCGCAAGAGCUGUUAUGUAAGGAAUGGAUAUGUGAUAUAACAUAUGGCAUAUGACAAAAGAGAUACAAUGGAAUAGGCAUCUGUGGGAUGUGUGGAUCGACAGUACAGUACAGUGGUGUCUCAAACAAUACCCCAAUACUAGAAGUUUUCGUUUGCAACUCACUACAACAUCACGUUUAGAGAUUCUGAUAGAAAGUGAUCUAAAUAGCGAAGUUCUGUACUUCAGUUCAUGAUCUAUUUAUCCAUUCGUCCGCUCGCUGCACAAUCUACUAAUCUAAACCAACAGCACGUUCCUCCACCCCCUCUCUCCUAUUUCCCUUCCCAGGUCCUUC